AAGCCGCCUCUCCUUUUGAACUUGAGUGUAAAUAAAUUGUUUUGACCCACCGCGUGCAUGAAAACCAGAAGAGCAGUCUGUAACUCACUGUUUAUGUGCUUAAAGGGCUGUUGGGGCAAUUACAGUGUAUCAUAAAGGUUUACAAUUUUAGCACUUGAUCUCCUUUUCGAUACCUUGUUGCUUUUUGGUUUUAUACGUGGCUCACAAGGCUCAUCGGCAAUGUCAGUGUUAACGAAGUCAGUGGUCGUAAACAUAAUGCUGUUCAAGUUAAAUUCUGUUUUUAUUCGCUUAUACUUUCCGAAAAACGAGUGAUCAGGUUAAUGUAGAUUUGACUUUUAAAAAAAUCUAGCUUGAAAAAGAUAUGGGACACAAGGGUUACGUGCGCACAGAGGGAGGAGUCAUCGGUGCUCGUUGCGAUUUAAUUGGCUGUUAGCUCGCAACGAGUUGUAUAGUUAUCAGUAAUUAUAUUCAGCAUGUUUUGCACAAGAAAUGUCAUCCAGAAAGGGCAAUCUUCUUCCACCGUCAAAUUAUACCACAAAGAUGUCAUGCUCCGAUAGUCCAUCUGGAAACUCGUUUCUGGUAGACUCCUUGAUCCACGGAAGGGCCGAGGGAAGUGGACACUACUACCAAAACAGCGGAGUCUACUUGCAGCCGACCUCAGAGUAUUCUUAUGGACUGUCGAACUGUGGCUAUUUUUCUGGACUCAAACGGAACGAGGGCAAUUCGCAAAAUGUAGUACCUGCUACAUGUGGGCCAUAUCAAGGCAUGGAAACAUGGCUGGAGACGUCGAGGUCCUGUCGCAUUGAACAGCCUAACAACCAAAUUACCCCACGCUCGUUCUCGCCUACCAUAAAAGAGGAAAACUCUUACUGCUUAUACGAGUCUGAGAAGUGUCCAAAAGACACCGUUACAGAGGAUAUAUCGUACUCGCGGCUGACACCGAACUCAUGUCCAUCUAGCAACAAUAACGGCUGUGUUCCGGUGCCCGGUUACUUCCGUCUAUCUCAGACGUGCAGCACAUCUAAAGGUUUUCCAGACAACCAGUCUAUAUCGACUCAUCUUGCUGCUGCUGCUGCUGCUGCUGCUGCUGCUCAACGCUCGAGCCGAUUUGACAGCUCUCUUUCAGCCAUAGCAGCAGAAGCGAGCCGGGAAGAGAGCGAAGAACCCCCCGCAUGCGCACCAUGUGCCCCGGGAAGAAACAAGGAGCUAAGGGGGUCCACUGGCACCGCUUCAUCUCCCGAGCCACCGGACAGCCCGGAGAAGGCGGUCACUGUUACUAAAGGAGAUUCCAAAAGUGAGAGUACAGCUAACUGGCUGACUGCGAAGAGUGGCCGCAAGAAGCGAUGCCCCUACACCAAACACCAGACACUAGAGCUGGAGAAAGAGUUCCUCUUCAACAUGUACUUGACACGAGAGCGUCGCCUCGAGAUCAGCCGCAGUGUUCACCUCACGGACAGACAAGUCAAAAUCUGGUUUCAGAACCGACGGAUGAAGCUGAAGAAAAUGAGUCGAGAAAACAGAAUCCGAGAGUUGUCGACCAACUUCAGUUUUACAUGAAGCCUCUUCGCUUUAUAGAUCUCUGGCGCCCUCCUCCUCCAUCAGCUGCAGUGGUAGCCAUACAACAAACCGUCUCCGUAGGUGUGUGUGUGUGUGUGUGUGUGUGUGCAUAUAUGACUUGGUGCAAGAUACUAUUGAUAACUUAUUGUGUGUCGUAUACUGUUGACGUUUUUAUCUGUUUAUGUAUAAUUUUAUUUGACAUCCCAGUCGUCAUAACAUGUCAUGGUUAUUUAUAAACUGUCAAGACUUCACUGUAAAAGCAAGAGAGGAAAAUAUCUAUGCUGAAUGUGUUCAUUGUACAUAGCAUUCAGACUAUAUUGUACAUUUAUUGUAUAUAAUUGCGAUAUUUGCAUGUUGUAAUAAUAAUAAGUAUUAUGGAACCAUUUUAAAUAAUAACAAUACGUUUCUUCUUAAGUACGACCUUGUCAUGUAACCUAUUUGCUGUUCUAGGCAUAAGUCCAGUUCUUAGAAACUUGUAUAGUUAUAAACAUGACGGGACUUCCUAUAUUGUUUUAUCCGGAUUGAAAGGUACAAUCUUUCUGAAAACACAGGCUGGACUCAGAUGUAAAUUAAUUAUUCAUAUACGUGGCAGAAAAUAAAUAAAGGCAUGUACGUAAAACUAA